UUUUCUCGCAAUUGAUGAAAGAGAUAAUAAGUUAGUAGAUGAGGCAAAAAAUCUUCCAAGUCAAAGGGUAGUUCCAGUUUCUGCCCCUGCCUUUGGAUCCAUAGGUUCAAGCCGUAACAUGCUCCGUCGUGCUCCAACAGCUGCUUCAGUUAUGCCUAGACCUCUUUUUGGUUUUGGUAGUAUUGCUAAGCCUUUAUCAAGUGAUGAAUCUUGCGAAGUUAAAGAAUCUUGUGAAAUUGAUGAUUCUUCAGCACCUACUUCUGUAAAAUCAAAACCUCCAAAGAUUGAAACUCUUUAUAAUUUUCUCGAUCUUCAAUCAUUUGAUGGUUCAUUUUUGCCAUCUACUAAAUUUUAUUCUUGGUUUGAUAAAAAAGAUUUUAAAGAUUUUGAAAUUAUUGGAAUUGAAAAUGAGAAAGUAUUAUGUUUGGCAUUAGCGAUGGCAUAUUUAGAAAUUAUAAUGUUUGAAACAUUUAAGGAAGAAAGUGAAAUGU